GACUGGGGGAGGCGCGCUGCUUUCCACACUAACUUUUUAAUCUCGCUUGUGGGUUCAUAGUGCAACUGGAGAUCUUACACCCAGUCAUGGUGUGAGGUUGGUAGCCCAUAACUGGUUUAUUUUUGGUUUUUUUUGGGGGGGUGAACGUUGCAUUGCUUACCAGAUCACAGCGAAUAGUGAUCAGUGGAAGAAGGAAGGACGCACCGCGACCAGGGAGCGAGAGAACCCGGGUCCGAGAUGCUGCAGCUCGCCGCGGUGUUGUGGGUCUCCCUAACUUUGUUCAUCUGCUGUCCAGGGGCCAAUGCCAGCGCCGAGUGCUCCUGCGGGAGGAACCAUUUCACGUGCGCGGUCUCCGCCUUCGGAGAGUGCACGUGCAUCCCGGCCCAGUGGCAGUGCGACGGAGACAACGACUGCGGGGACCACAGCGAUGAGGACGGCUGCAUGCUUCCCACGUGUUCCCCGCUGGACUUCCACUGCGACAACGGCAAGUGUAUCCGCCGCUCCUGGGCGUGCGACGGCGACAACGACUGCGAAGACGACUCGGACGAGCAGGACUGUCCUCCCAGGGAGUGUGAGGAGGACGAGUUCCACUGUCAGAACGGCUACUGUAUUCGCAGCCUCUGGCACUGCGAUGGAGAUAAUGACUGUGGUGACAACAGUGAUGAGCAGUGUGACAUGCGUAAGUGUUCGGACAAGGAGUUCCGCUGCACGGAUGGAAGCUGCAUCGCGGAGCACUGGUACUGCGACGGAGACACGGACUGCAAGGACGGCUCGGACGAGGAGAACUGCCCCUCGGAGGUGAUGACAGCCACCUGCAGCGUGGAGGAGUUCCAGUGUGCGUACGGCCGCUGCAUCCUGGACAUCUACCACUGUGACGGAGACGACGACUGUGGGGACUGGUCUGAUGAGUCCGACUGCUCGUCCCACCAGCCCUGCCGGUCGGUGGAGUUCAUGUGCAGCAGCGGUAUGUGUAUCAACGCCGGCUGGCGGUGCGACGGGGAGUUCGACUGCGACGACCAAUCGGACGAGAAGAACUGCACCACGUCCAUGUGCACGGCGGAUCAGUUCCGCUGCGGCACCGGCCGCUGUGUGCGGUUGUCAUGGCGAUGCGAUGGCGAGGACGACUGCUCAGAUGGCACCGACGAGGACGGCUGUGAGAAGACUGACAGCCCGCCCUGCGCCCCAGACCAGUUCCUGUGUGGGAACGGACGCUGCAUCGGCCAGAGGAAGGUCUGCAACGAGGUCAACGACUGUGGGGACGGGACAGACGAGCACCCGCACCAGGACUGCCGCCCGCGGUCCAGCGAGGGCGACUGCAAUCAGAACAACGGAGGCUGCUCGCAGAAGUGUCAGAUGGCCCGCGGGCUGGUCCAGUGCACCUGUCACACCGGCUACAGGCUCAUGGAGGACGGCAAGGCCUGCCAGGAUGUGGACGAGUGUGCAGAGGAGGGCUACUGCAGUCAGGGCUGCACCAACACUGAGGGGGGGUUCCAGUGCUGGUGUGUGCAGGGCUACGAGCUACGGCCAGACAAGCGGAGCUGCAAGGCCCUGGGUCCGGAGCCGGUCCUGCUCUUCGCCAACCGCAUCGACAUCCGCCAGGUGCUGCCUCACCGCUCCGAGUACACGCUGCUGCUCAACAACCUGGAGAACGCCAUCGCGCUGGACUUCCACCACAGCCACGAGCUGGUGUUCUGGUCGGACGUCACGCUGGACCGCAUCAUGAAGGCCAACCUCAACGGCUCCAACGUGGAGGAGGUGGUGUCCACCGGCCUGGAGAGCCCAGGGGGGCUGGCCAUCGACUGGAUCCACGACAAGCUGUACUGGACCGACUCCGGGACGUCCCGCAUCGAGGUGGCCAACCUGGACGGGACGCACCGCAAGGUCCUCCUCUGGAAGAGCAUGGAGAAGCCCCGCGCCAUCGCCCUGCACCCCAUCGAGGGUAAGAUCUACUGGACAGACUGGGGCACCACCCCGCGCAUCGAGUACUCCAACAUGGACGGCUCCAACCGCCGCAUCAUCGCCGACACCCACCUGUUCUGGCCCAACGGGCUGACCAUCGACUACGCCGGCCACCGCAUGUACUGGGUGGACGCCAAGCACCACGUCAUCGAGAGAGCCGACCUGGACGGGCGCAACCGCAAGGCCGUCAUCAGCCAGGGGCUCCCUCACCCGUUUGCCAUCACGGUGUUCGAGGACAGCCUGUACUGGACGGACUGGCACACCAAGAGCAUCAACAGCGCCAACAAGUUCACGGGCAAGAACCAGGAGAUCAUCCGCAACAAGCUGCACUUCCCCAUGGACAUCCACACGCUGCACCCGCAGAGGCAGCCCGCAGGUGGGCGGAGCCGCUGUGGUGCCAACAACGGGGGCUGCAGCCACCUCUGUCUCCCUAGCAACAAGACGUACAUGUGCGCAUGCCCCACGGGCUUCAAGAAGGUCGACCACUCCAACUGUGCCAAAAGUCUUGACAAGUUCCUGCUUUUUGCCCGAAGGACGGACAUCCGACGGAUCAGCUUCGACACCGAGGACAUGUCGGAUGACGUCAUCCCUCUGGCCGACGUGCGCAACGCUGUGGCCCUGGACUGGGACAGCAAGGAGGGCUACGUGUACUGGACCGACGUCACCACUGACUCCAUCAACAGGGCCUUGUGGAACGCCACCAAGCAGGAGGUGGUGGUGGACACCAGUCUGGAGAGUCCUGCUGGCCUGGCCAUCGACUGGGUGACCGACAAGCUCUACUGGACCGAUGCUGGAACGGAUCGCAUCGAGGUGUCCAACGCGGACGGGACCAUGAGAACCGUGCUGAUCUGGGAGAACCUGGACCGGCCCAGGGACAUAGUGGUGGACCCCAUAGGAGGGCUCAUGUACUGGACCGACUGGGGCGCCAACCCCAAGAUCGAGCGGGCGGGGAUGGACGCGUCAGACCGCCUGGUAAUCAUCUCGUCCAACCUGACGUGGCCCAACGGCCUCGCCAUCGACUACGAGACGCAGCGCCUCUACUGGGCCGACGCCGGCACCAAGGUCAUCGAGUUUGGGAACUUCGACGGCACCGACCGACAGGUGUUGAUUGGCAGCCAGUUGCCCCACCCCUUCGGCCUGACGCUGCAUGAGGAUAGGCUGUACUGGACGGACUGGCAGUCCAAGAGCAUCCAGAGUGCGGACAAGCUCACCGGCCUGGGGCGGCGCACGCUGGCCGAGAACCUGGAGAACCUCAUGGACAUCCACAUGUUCCACCGCCACCGCGAGACAGUGAGUAACCCGUGUGCUGUGAGCAACGGGGGCUGCAGCCACCUGUGUCUCCUGGCCCCCUCCCCACUGACCUCCAGCUGUGCCUGUCCCACCGGCAUCAACCUGCAGACAGACGGGAAGACCUGCACUCCCGGAAUGAGCAGCUUCCUGAUCUUUGCCAGGAGGACAGACAUCAGGAUGGUGUCCCUGGACAUCCCCUACUUUGCCGACGUGGUGCUGGCCGUCAACAGCACCAUGAAGAACACCAUCGCCAUCGGAGUCGACCCCACGGAAGGAAAAGUGUAUUGGUCCGACAGCACGCUGAAGAAGGUCAGCCGGGCCAACAUGGACGGCAGCGAGCAUGAGGAAAUCAUCGCCACUGGCCUCAUGACGACGGACGGCCUGGCGGUCGACGCGAUCGGCCGGAAGAUCUACUGGACUGACACGGGCACCAACCGCAUCGAGGUGGCCAACCUGGACGGCUCCAUGCGCAGGGUCCUGAUCUGGCAGAACCUGGACAGCCCGCGGGCCAUCGCGCUCUACAACGAGAAGGGGUACAUGUACUGGACGGACUGGGGCGAGAACGCCAAGCUGGAGCGCGCCGCCAUGGAUGGCACGGACCGAGCCGUGCUGAUCAGCAACAACCUGGGCUGGCCCAACGGCCUCGCCAUCGACAAGGCCGGGGCCCAGCUGCUGUGGGCCGACGCCCACACUGAGCGCAUCGAGGCGUCCGACCUCAACGGGCUGAACCGCCGCACCUUGGUGUCCCCGGUGCAGCACCCGUACGGCAUGACCCUCCUGGGGCCCCACAUCUACUGGACCGACUGGCAGAGCCGCAGCAUCCAGCGGGCCGACAAGGCCAGCGGGGCCAACGCCAUCACCGUGGUCUCCAACCUGCCGGGGCUGAUGGACAUCCAGGCGGUCGACCGCGCCACACCGCUGGCCUUCAACAGGUGCGGGCGUAUGAACGGCGGCUGCACCCACCUGUGCCUCCCGCGGCCCAACAGCACGUCCUGCGCCUGCCCCACCGGCGUGUUGCUCAAGGGCGACGGCAGGUCGUGCGACGACUCGCCCGAGACCUACCUGCUGUUCUCCAACCGGGUGAGCGUGCGCCGCAUCUCGCUGGACACCAACGACCACACGGACGUGCACGUGCCGGUGCCCGAGCUGCACAACGUCAUCUCCCUGGACUACGACAGCGUGGACGGCAAGCUCUACUACACCGACGUCACGCUGGAUGUCAUCAGACGUUCCAACCUGGACGGCACGGGCAUGGAGACGGUGAUCAGCCAGGGCCUGAAGACCACCGACGGGCUGGCGGUGGACUGGGUGGCCCGCAACAUGUACUGGACCGACACCGGCCGCAACACCAUCGAGGUGGCCCGGCUGGACGGCACCUGCCGCAAGGUCCUGGUCAACAACAGCCUGGACGAGCCCAGAGCCAUCGCCGUCUUCCCCAGCAAAGGGUAUCUGUUCUGGACAGACUGGGGACACAUCGCCAAGAUCGAGCGCUCCCAUCUGGACGGCUCUGACCGCAAGGUCCUCAUCAACACGGACCUGGGCUGGCCCAACGGGCUCACCCUGGACUACGACACGCGCAGGAUUUUCUGGGUGGACGCCCACCUCGACCGGAUCGAGAGCUCAGACCUGAACGGGAAGCUGCGUCAAAUCCUCGUCAGCCCUGUCUCACACCCCUUUGCCCUCACGCAGCCCAAGCCGGUUCCCUCCCCUCUAACCCCUUUCUCCCGACUCUCGCAGCAAGACCGCUGGAUCUACUGGACGGACUGGCAGACCAAGUCCAUCCAGCGCGUGGACAAACACGCCGGCCGCAGCAAGGAAACGGUGCUGGCCAACGUGGAGGGUCUCAUGGACAUCAUAGUGGUGUCCCCUAACCGCCAGUCAGGUUCCAACCUCUGCAGCGCCAACAACGGAGGCUGCACGCACCUCUGCUUCGCCAAGACCAACAACUUUGUGUGCUCCUGCCCUGACGAGCCUGACGGCAGACCCUGCUCCACCAUCUCAGGCUACGUCCCCACUCCGCCCACUAGAGGGCGCCACAUCACCCCUGCUCCCAAACUCCCCAAGGCGGCCUCCGAUGCUCCACUGAACGGGCCGGUGCUUCAUAACUGCACCGACAAGAACCUGAACGUUGAAGGAUGCCUGCAGAGCAAUGUGAUCUCAGCUCCUCACGGGGAAGGGCUUCACAUCAGCUACGUGAUUGGUGGAGUGCUGACCAUCCUGGCUAUUCUCAUCCUCAUCGCAGCCUUCAUUAUCUACAGGCAUAAGAAAUCAAAGUUUGCCGACCCGGGGGUGAGCAACCUGACGUACAGCAACCCCUCGUACCGAACCUCGACUCAGGAGGUGAAGAUCGAGGCCUCGCAGAAGCCUCCCAUCUACAACCAGCUUCGAUAUAAGAAGGAGGGCGGAGUGGACGGCGGCUACACCAAGGAGAAGAUCCGCAUCGUGGAGGGCGUGUGCCUGCUGUCCACCGACGACCUCUACUGGGACGACCUCAAGCAGAUCAAGCCGUCGCGCGGCGGCCUGCACACCUGCAUGCGCACCGACACGGUGUCCCUGCAGGCCAGCAGCGCCUCGCUGGACGACGGCGAGACGGAGCAGCUGCUGCAGGAGGAGACGUCCGAGUGCUCGUCCAUCAGCACGCUGACCCCGUCCACCGUCACCCCGCAGCGCCACACCCAGCACAGCCUGCCCGACACCGGCUGGGCCUCCGCCCGCAAGCCCUCCACCGAGAGCCAAGUGUGAGGCGGCGGCGGCGGCGGCGGCGGCGGUUUUGGUGGUGCCGUUCCGCUCUCUCUCUCUGUCUCUCUGUCUGUCUCUCUGUCUCUCUCUCUGUCUCUCUCUCUCUCUCUCUCUCUCUCUCUCUCUCUCUC